AUGCCCGCGGCAGCGGAAGAAUGCACCCUCGGCACCGCUGAAAACAGAAGGACGAUGACAAUGCUUGAUUUAAUCAUCGACACCGACCCUGGGGUCGACGACGCGUUGGCAAUCAUGCUAGCCCACGCCCACCCGAAUGUGCGACUGCAUGCGCUGACUGUCGUUGCCGGCAAUGUCGGGCUACAUCACACCGUUGCCAACGCCUGCAAGGUGUUGGACGUGAUUCAGAGUGAUGCCAAGGUCUACCCUGGCGCCGCCCGAGCCCUGGUUUUUGAGCCCGACGAGGAUGCCGCUUAUGUCCAUGGUCGGGAUGGCUUGGGUGACGCAGGUAUGAGCGCUUCCAAGCGGGACGUGGAAACUGAGCACGCGGCCAAUGCGCUGGUCCGGAUGAUCAAUGAACGGCCCGGCAAACUCACCCUUGCUGCGAUCGGACCAUUGACCAAUCUGGCACUGGCAUUGCAUUUGGAUCCUGAGUUACCGAGUAAGACCAAACACCUGAUGGUGAUGGGUGGGGCAGUCACCGGUCACGGCAACGUGGGCAAUGUGACCGCUGAGUUCAAUAUCUACAGCGACCCUGAGGCCGCCCACCUGGUGUUCAGUCAGUGGCCCAAGUUUGAUCUGUUGGACUGGGAAGCAACCGUUCACCACGCCUUUGAACUAGAUGAGGUUGACAAGUGGCUGGUGCUUGGAACGGACCAGGCGGUGUUCUUCCACGCGAUCUCAAGGGCUGUUGUCGCCUUCAAUCAGGGCAAGGGCGAUGGCCAUGCGAAGAUGAGUGCUGCCGAUGCAUUGGCUCUCGCGGCCCUGGUUGAACCGAGCGUUGUCGAAGCAUCUGAAAUGCGACAUGUGGCCAUCGAGACACACGGUCGAGAAACCCGGGGUCAAACGGUGGUUGAUUGGCUGAACCGCAAGCAACAAGCGCCCAACGCGAGAAUUAUCCAGCGAGUGGAUCAGGAGCGCUUCCUGGCACUGAUGCAAGCCGGGGUUGGUGCCGUUUCCCAAUGA